GAAGUGUUGUCCCCCUAACUAGUGAACCCGACCCACCUCGUUACCGCAGUGAAUCAGAGCACCUUUUAAAGAUGAUGCGUGUUUGAGAACGGGAAUCAGCGCGUCUUGUAAACAUUUUCCUCUUCAUCCGUCCCACUUCCCUCCCGCAUCAUUCAAGGGACAAAUAAGAAUGCUUUUGUCGUAACCAGAAAGUGGGCUGUUCAGGCGUUUUUUCCUACUUAAUUUCGGACGUCUCCUUCUCAACCUCUUUCUCUUACCUCCUUCGCUGCCGAACGGAGCAUACAAGGGUAGACUACCCACCUUUCUGCUCUGAUGUGUUCGGUUAAAUGAUCCGUGACAUCAUUGCUCCACGUUAAGACACAGGGUUAAUACAGAAGACCUACCUGGGAAAGCGUCUCCAAAGGAAUUACGUGCAAGGGAAGAGCCAGACUUCAAAAAACAAGAAUAGAAAUGUCCCUGCCCCGACUGCUGUGUACCAUCUGUCUAUUGGCCGCACAGUUCUCCAGCAUUGGCAGCAACCCCUCAGAUGAUGCACGGCUACUGCAGGUGACCAUCCUCAAGUUCCCGCCGGCGUCCGCCAUCCUGGGCGGCUCGCUCAUGCUCCCGUGCCUGGUGUCGCUGUCGCAACCCCCACCAACCACCUCCACCACGGGCCGCCAUGCCGUGCUCACCCAGCCGCGCGUCAAGUGGAGCCUGCUGUCCGCCGAGAAGGAGACAGAGAUCCUGGUGGCUCGCGGGGACCGCGUCAAGGUGAGCGAGGCCUACAAAGGGCGGGCGUCUCUGCCUAACUACGAGGCGUCACCGGCGGACCUGACGCUGCAGCUGGACGAGCUGCUCUACAACGAUACGGGCUUCUACCGCUGUGAGGUGCAACAGGGGCUGGAGGACGCGCACGACCUUGUCCAGAUCAAAGUCAAAGGUGUCGUGUUUCACUACCGACAUGCCUCCAGUCGCUACACCUUCUCCUUUGAUCAGGCGCAGGAUGCCUGUGAGGACAUAGGGGCCCAGAUCGCCACCCCCGAGCAGCUCCUGGCUGCCUACAACAGCGGUUACGAGCAGUGCGAUGCAGGCUGGCUCUCUGAUGGCUCGGUCAGGUAUCCUAUUCAAAUGCCACGAGAAGGUUGCUUCGGGGACAUGGAUGGAGAGCCAGGUGUCAGGAAUUACGGAAUGCUGGACCCAGAUGAGCUCUAUGAUGUUUACUGUUAUGUAGAGAACAUUCGAGGGGAGGUCUUCCACCCAUCCAUGCCCCAGCAGUUGACUUUACCCGAGGCCAAAGCGUACUGUGCACAGCAAGGUGCAGAACUGGCCACCACAGCCCAGCUCUACGCAGCCUGGAACGAUGGCCUGAACCACUGUAGUCCUGGAUGGCUGGCAGACGGUAGUGUUCGCUAUCCCAUCGUGACGCCACGCGAACGCUGUGGUGGCUCGGAACCCGGAGUCAAGACCGUUUAUCGCUACAGCAACCAAACAGGAUUCCCAGGGCCCAAUGCGCUUCAUGACGUCUACUGCUUCAAAGGCAAUAGAGACACUCAGACGGUAUCGCCAAUCGACUACAUGGCCACGGAGGCUGAGAAUCUGGGCCAGGGCAUCGUCACCGUGUCAGACCCCCUGGAGGAGUUCAGCAUGGCCCAAGUGACAAAACGAGAGGAGAAUGAGGCCCAGGGUGCCGUUGAGUCCUUUCCAGUUCUCACUAAAUCGCUCCCAGGACUGGGCAGGGGGAUCGACACUCCUCCCACCAGGCUUCCCCCUGAGCUUGGCACCCUCGUCCGCGAUCCAUUCAGCCCCACGACACCUGCACCUUUCAACGCGGACACUUUCUCUACCCAUGAUCCCUGGCUCCACAGGGGGAACCCGGUCACCAACCCCAUUGAUUUCGAGUCUGUGCCUGAAGAGUUCAGAGAGACCAGUGAGACUACAACGCACAAAGGAACGGACUCUGGCAGUGAAACCAAUCAAACUCCGCAGUAUGUCACAACUGAGCAUGAUCACGACGAAAACCAUUCGGGAGAGGAGGACUCCGUGGUGCUCUACAAAACCGGAGGCACCACAAGUGCACCUAAAACAACCAUGAGGUCUAGGCUGUCAACCCUGCAGUAUGAGGUUUUAGGAGAGGUCCAUGAGACCACGGUGAAGAACCACCUGGAAUCAGCCGACCCAUCGAAAUCUCAGAUCGAUGAGGACACAGACCAGACCAGCUAUGAAAUCGUUCUUCUGCCAGAGGCCACGACUGUAACCGCCAAUUCCUUUGAAGAAAAUGAAACUUCAGAGCCAACAUUGGAUUAUGGUGUAACAGAGGAUCACACAGACUCUACCUUCUUCCAAAACACAGAGCUUCCAUCCGUCGACCCCACCACACCUCAUGACCUUACUGAAUCCGAAGACACGGAAGGAACUCAUAGCACACCCGCAGGUGAUGAUCAGGAACUGACCGAUUCCCCUGAUGAGGAGGAGGAGGACCAGGUCUCCGUCCAGACGGCCCACACCACCCAGCCGUCCAUCGUGGAAGUGACCACCCUCUCAGCCCCAACAGAGGCUUCUGGCGAUGGGGACAUCGAGGAGGUGACUCUGCCCGGGUUCACCACCCCAGGGGAAGGAGAGGAGGAGUACGAGUCAGAGAGCGAGACGGAGACUGGGGAGACCGGAGUCGCUGCCUCAGUGGAGUCUGCAGAGCUGGUCACCUUCACGCCUGAGGACGUAGACUACCACACGUCUGACGGCCAGACCGACGGAACAGCAGGCUUUGAUCAGGAGCAGUCUAGUUCACCAUCUCCAUAUUCACCUACCACAGUAGACUUGGUGGAGCAGGAGCAGGAGGCAAGCGUGACUUCAGAAGAGUCGGUUUUGUUUGCAACCGGUCAGGACGGAGACUAUGACUCUGUGAGCCUGACGCCCAACACCAUAGCAAGUGUGACAGAGGAGGAAGAGGGAGGCUCCGGUGAUGGAGGCUCGGGGGCACACGCCCACACCACCACCGUCACCGAUGGCCACGACGACGACGACAUCAUCACGGUUACUCUUUUGACCUCUCCGGUGCCCUACACGCUGGCCACGCCGGUGGACGUCCGGAGGAUGGUGGAGGUGGCCUCGGGCACCCCGCGUCUCCUUGACGUCUACAUACCAGAGAGGACCACGCUGUCGGCCCUGGGGGUGACCUUAGAGGACCUUGAGAAGGUCGAGCAAGAGGGCCUGGGCGAAACCCCUGACGUCCUGUACACCACGACUCCUCAGCACUUCUCAGAGACUGCUACGACGAGCCACGAUGGAAGCGGUGACGACGGACACAAGUCUGAAGAAGAUUAUGAUGAGGAGGAGGAAUCAGAGCAAUUAACGUCUGUACCUGUUCUGGCAGGUUACCCACAAACCAGAACCACCAUUGCCCCUCCACUGGACCACACUGACAGUGAGGAUGGAAACCUCACCACCAUUUUCGAGGACACCAACACCACAGACGUUGCAGAUACCCUUGACUCCUCUGAAGCUCUGGAGACCUCUACCACCACUGACGUACCCCACACCACAGACAUGCACACCACAGACGUUGCAGAUACCCUUGACUCCUCUGAAGCUCUGGAGACCUCUUCCACCACUGAUGUACAUCACACCACAGACAUCCACACCACAGACAUCCACACCACAGACAGUGCUGCAGAUACCCCUGACUCCUCUGAGGCUCUGGAGACCUCUACCACCACUGACGUACAUCACACCACAGCCAUUGGUGAUGCCAUUGACUCCACAGAAGCACUGGAGGCCCCUACCACCACCACCACUGAGGUACCCCACACCACAGACAUCCACGCCACAGACAGUUCUGCUGAUACCCUUGACUCCUCUGAAGCAGCGGAGACCUUUACCACCACUGACGUACCCCACAACACACACAUUGCCGACCCUGUUGACUCCACAGAAACACUGGAGGCCCCUACCACCACUGACGUUCCCCACACAAAGUUGGAGGUCACCUUGCUUCCCGGGGUGACGCUGAGCACAGCUUGGGAAACCUCUCCCAUCUCCUCCACGUUCCCUCAGGAGUCACGCACUGACCUGGCGUACCACAGCACCUCCACACGAGGGGGUGAGGAACUCAGCGAGGACUCGUCCGAGACAGACUCCACCACCACGGCCCCGCUGAUCACCACCACCACCAUUGGGGAGGAGUCGGGUGAGGAGGUCCAGAGCCCCACCACCACCACCACAUUACCCCUAUCAGGGAACAUGGACCUGGAUGACUUCUCCACAACCGCCUCCAUCUCCAAAGAGCAAGAGGAGGAGGAGGUGGAGGAGGUGGAGGAGGAGGUGACGGCGGCACCCACGCAGCCCGUUAUCCCCCGGACGCUGCCGUCUGAUAGGCCCGUGAUCGUCAGGACGGGGAACCUCUCAGAUGCCUGCUCGAGGAACCCAUGUGCCAAUGGUGGCACGUGUGUAGACCAUGGGUCCGUUGCCAAGUGUCUGUGCCUGCCAACCUACGGAGGGGAUUUCUGCCAGAUAGACAUGGAGCACUGCGAGCCGGGCUGGGAGAAGUUCCAGGGCUUCUGCUACCGGCACUUUGUGAAGCGGCAGAGCUGGGAGGUGGCGGAGCAGCAUUGCCGUAUGUGCGGAGGCCACUUGGUGUCAGUCAUGAGCCCCGAGGAGCAGGACUUCAUCAAUGAUAGGUACAGGGAGUACCAAUGGACGGGGCUAAAUGACAGGACCAUUGAGGGAGACUUCCGCUGGUCCGACGGAAACCCUCUGCUCUAUGAGAACUGGUACCGUGGGCAGCCGGAUAGCUACUUCCUCUCCGGUGAGAACUGUGUAGUGAUGGUGUGGCAUGACGAUGGCCGCUGGAGUGACGUGCCCUGCAACUACCACCUGGCCUACACCUGCAAGAAGGGCAUCUCCUUCUGUGCACAGCCACCGAGAAUCCUGAAUGCUAAGAUGUUUGGCAAGAGGCGUCUCCGCUAUGAGACCAAUGCCAAGGUGCGAUACUACUGCGAUGCAGGCUACAUCCAGAGGCAGAACCCUGUUAUCAAGUGCCUCCCCAACGGACAGUGGGAGGACCCCCAGAUCACCUGCACAUCAGCCUCAGCCCAGUCUACAGCAACCACGCCAUCUUCUGUGGCUGGGGGCAGGAUGGUCGAGGAAUCAACAACAGUCGUGGACUCGCCACAGUUUUGGGAAAUCAAGUGGGGCUUCUGAGACACCACAAAUGGACUUCCUCAUGAAUUCAUGAACCACAUAAUCCAUAAUCAUUAUCAUCAAGACGUUACCAUCUGCCACUGACGUACAACCGUCAUCCAUCAAGUUAUUAUAAGAGAUCACGAAAAUUGCACAAGGGGUUGUUGUUGCAUCACCAGCAAAUGUACGGACCAUGUGUUAAAAAAAAAAGAAAAAAGUUUAUUUUAUUGACACGGAAUUCCAAAGUUGUUCGGAAUUCUAAGCUCUAAGUCACAACACAGCAAUUAGGGACCACUUGUUUGCUACAUGUAAUUUCUUCAAUGAUGUAACAGAGGUACAACGUUUCAUAGCAUCUCACAAAGACUAUUUUCUUUUCCUCUAACCUUGACUGCCAUACCGGUGCUAAGGCAAUGUUUGCCAUGCUGAUACAGCCCAAGGUGUGUGCACGAGCUUUAAAACCCCCAGCUGGUGCACCACUUAUAAACGUACGUGUAUAUCUUCUUUUCAUUCCAGUCCAGACUUAGGGUGCAAGCAGGCGAAAGAACCGAAUGAAAGAGUACCCCAUAGUUUUGAGCCUCGUGGUUCCUAGUAAUGAUAGCAUCAAUAGUGUUCUCAAAUGUCUUCUGACUAUGCUGGGCCCUUUAGAACCAUCCUACCCUUCUAACUUGAUGUCCCUAUUACCAGCGCCUUUUGACAGUCUGUUUUUUUUAAAACCCGAACCCCCCUUUUCCCCUCUCCUUCUCGUCCCCUUUAUUUGGUGCUGUUCUAUAGGUCUGUCACAGGCUACGACUAUGGGCAAGUCUACUGCUGCACAGACAGCAGAGUCACUGUUGUGUGGAUAUUGUUGAUGUUGUUGUUGUUGUUGUUGUUGACGAUAAUGAAUUUGUUGUUAUUGUUGUUAUCUAAAUGUUAUGUCCGUAGAUGGGUUUCAAAAAGUCUAAAUGAAAAAGGAAUUACAUAAAAUGCACUCGUUUUUCUCUCACACAGAGAUGUUUCUUGCGAACACCAUGGCACAUUUUUAAUGACUUUGACAAGCACAUUUCCGUAUUCUGUUCCAUGUAACAGAGCUGUUUACCAGACAGUUCUGGUAAAGAAAAGAAAGCAGUAUUAUUACUGUGUUUUUCCACUAUCCCUCUUUCUGCAAUGCUUUGACAUUUUAAACCCAUUUUAUGGUUAAGGUGAGAUGAGUAAAAAAAAAAGACAAAAUAAACACCUAACACUCAUUUUAAGCUUUCCUUGACAUACUUACAGGUAGGCCUACGUAAGAAAAACCUAACUCACUCAUAGAUUAUUGUAUUUUUAGUUCACAAACUUAAUUCUUUAGAUUCUUCAGCACUUUUUUCAACCAUGCAAUACAUUUGAAUGUGUUAUGGGUAUUUAUUUUCAUACCCAAUAUGAAAAGUAUUUGUGAAUAUUUGUGUAAGAAACUUGGCCAUAUGUUUUUUUUUUCUCUUCUUCUUCAAAGGUUAAUAUGCAGUCAGCAGGGCGCUGUGCGGACAUAUUAAUAAAGAUGUGACUGUUGUGAGCUGUGCUCUAGUCACAUCGUAGCUGGCUUGUAACUUUUGAGUCUUUAGUGCAAUUCUAACCAGCCCAAGCCAUGAAGGUGCCAUCUGGUCUAUGGCACCCAGCGCCUAUUAUCACACCACCUGUUCUAGGAUCUCAGAGCCGAAUAAAAUAAAAUAAAAUAAAGCAAGUUAUCUUUAUACUAACUGCAUUGGCAAUGUUCUUGUUUCAUGAACACAAGCAUUAUUGGAGCUAAAAGGUGAAAGAUAAAAACAAACAUCUGUGGCCUUUUUAUGGACAUGUUUCAAAAUCACAAUACUUUACCAUAUAAUACAUUGCCUGCUAUGUUACAUACAAUACUUCAUCAUUCCAAUGCCUAUGGGCAUUAACAUGCAUCCAUUCAGUUUUACUUAUGAUACAGGAUUAAAAUAUGAUUCAUCUCACCCCUUAUUUCAGAAUAGAAAAACAAUGACAGACAGCAUAUGUCUAUAAAUGGUCAGAUGAGAUUGAGAUGCCUGUGAAGGCUUAACAGUUACUACAUCAUUAUGUCAAAAGGACAGAGGCCAAAAUCCCUAGUCAUGCAUCUAGAAGCUCGCAAAUUAAUCCCUCCAGACCACAUUUGUGGCUGGACAUUUUGAUUAGCUACGUAUAUAGCACAAUGCCUUCAAACAAAGUGACCCUAAGCCAGCUGUGGAGGGGAGUAUUAACAAGAUUUAAAACUGACACGACAAAUGAAUUUUUCAAUAUCACAUCUUGACAUAUUUUGGACUUUUGUUCACUAGGGGCCCCUGUGGCAGGUGGGGGGCCCUAGGCUGCCGCCAUAUCUAGCCUCUGCAUUAAUCCAGUCCUCCCUACUGAAUUAUUACACUAUCUAUUUAACAACUCUACUUAUUUGUUUCCAGUAUAUGAGUUUGGUUAUUUUGAAAUAACAGAGAAGCAGAUAAAUGGUUUGGCUUCCAAUAUGCACAACUUAAACCAUCACAGCAUUUGACGAAUUCUAAUGCUAUCGUAGUUCCGAAGGUGUGUCAUCUUACCAGCAUAAAAAACUUGCUGUACAUACCUGUUUGUUGUAAUACAAAAGAAAUCCUUACAGAUUAUGACUGAUUAUUAAAUUGUGUUACCAAUACAAUACAACACACCUGUGCUGUGAGUCUGCGCUCAAAGAGACUGAAGAUUCUGUGAGAAGGAGGAUGGUUGUCAGACAUUAGUUGCACAGUGUCUUCUUGUCUUCUUGACUUUCUUGUCCUUCAAAAAGAGGCCAAUAUGCUUUGAUUUGUUUUUGUUUUGUCCGUC